GCCCGCGCACCGGACUGCCGACAUCUAUAGCGUUUAUCGGCGCCCGCUGGAUUCACACAUCCUACACAUAUGCACGUCUGACGCGCGCCCUCCCACCUGCGCACAUGGCCCCCGCGGCAGAAGUAAUCCUCCCAGCAGCCUGAUUGACCUUCUCAAAUGACCGCCACCAAGACCGUGCUGCCCGCGCUCCCAUCUCUAUCCAAAACUGCGAUGGAAGACCGGAAGCGGUCACUCAUGAAUGAUGUCGAGGAUCUGGCCCCGAGUCGCAAGCGCCUCAAGGAUGAAAAUGGCGCCACGAUGCGCAUGGACGAGGACAAGGAAAAGCAGGUCGAGGACUACCAGAAAGACGCCAUCAUACGGCAGCUGAAGGAGUAUAAGCGCCAGAAGCGCGAUGCUGACGAACAGCUGGUUGAGCUUCAGCGCAAGGUCACCUACCAUGACGACCAUAUCCGAGUGGUCGACGCCUGGUGGUCUCAACUCCUCGACGAGAUCCGCAUCCGAGUUGGCGACGAGCUCCCGACACCGCCGCCCAGCGCAACAUCUGCGAUCAUCGGGGAAGAGAUAUACAACAGAGCCCUCCACUUUGACGACGUGGAGUCGUUCUCUGCGCAUCUCAAGGCCCGGUCUGCCAACCUCAAGAAUGCUAUUAAGGAUCUCUUCGCCAAAGUGCCCUCAGCCUCUUCGCCCUCAGAAGAGCAGCUGCAGAGGCGCCUUGGCGAAUUGCUCGCUCGGGAGAAAGAGCAUGCGGUUGAGCUCAAAAAGGCCAUUGACGAGAAGGAGUCCAUGUAUGAGCGUCUCGAAGCCGCCAUGGGUCGGUACAUGACCGCUGAACGCAAGCUGGAUCGCGCCAAAAGUAGCCAAGUACAGAAGCUUGAGAGGCAGGCGAUCAUGGGUAGCAAUGGUGAUGGUACAUCUCCGACUACCUCGAAAGCCGCUGCGCUGCCCAAGCGCGAGCACGGGGAUAGUAAUGGCGAGCUCGAGAAUGGUGUCGAUACCGCAGAGGCUGAAGCGCUGCGCAAGGAGGCCAUUGCUAUCGCGGAUAAGCAGAAAGCCCAGGUCGAAGAGAUUGAGGUCGAGAACGAGCGUCUUACAAACGAACUCAGUGCUGCGAGGACAAAGCUUGCCAGUCUCACGGACGACGAUUACAUGGAGACUUCGCACUACAAGAUCCUCAAAUCGAUGUAUGAGGAUGUUGUGAAGCGUGUGAACGAUCUAGAGGCAUUCAACAAGCAGCUCCGGGAAGAGACGCAGAAAUUGCAGGCCGAGAGAGCCGCGACACGAACGCAAGUGGAGGAGGAGACCAGGAACCAUAUCUCAGAAGUCGAGGCAGCGAACGCACGCGCGGAGACAGACCUGGCACGCAUUCGGCACGCGCGCGACCAAUUGAACUCAGAAUUGGCAGUUCUGAAAGCUUCGGACGACAUCCCCAAGUCAUCUCUAGCAUUGGCGCAGGAGGUGGCUGAAGCCAAAGAUUCGAGGAUAUCAGCUUUGGAGUCAAAGGUACAGCGACUGGAACUACAGCUCGGAGAGGCCGAAGCGGCAGAGCUAGAUCUGGACGGUCUGGACGUGGAUGCUUUGAGAGCAAAGGUGCAAACUCUUACAAAUCAAUACUCGCUGCUUGCGAACGAAUUGCCAUCAUUAGAGGCAGCCUGGAGAAAGCUGCAAGCAACGGCGAAUAAGAAGAUAGAAGAUAUCGCUCAUUGGGAGGACCAGCUCUCGCGUUUGGCUGCUGAAAAGGCGAAAGCUGACCACAAGUACUUUGGAGCGAUGAAGGCCAAAGACACGCAGGAAGCACAACUUCGAACCGCCAAGUCGCAAAACUCGCGGUCAAGCGAGAUCGUAACCCAACUCAAGGACGAGGCAGCAAAGGCCAAAGAUCUCUGCAGCAACUACGAACGUCAGCUGGCCGAAUCGAAAGAAGCUUACACGAAGCUGGAGCAGCAGCAUCGCACUGCCGAGCAGAAGUUGAAAGAAGCCACAUUCGCCAGCGAUGGUCUUAAGAAGAGCAGUGAAGAGUUGAAGACGCUCGUGGCCGCCAGAGAUAAGGAAGUGCUCGGAACAUCGAAAGCAAAACGCCAGGCCGAGGAGGAUCUGGAGAAGUGCAAAGCACGGCUGGAUGACACGAAGAAGCAGUACGAUGCGCUUCGAAAGAGCAGGGCUGCAGUGAAUGCAGCAGACUCGGACGAUUGGCGGAAAGUUGCCAUUUGCCCAGUCUGUUCCGCAAACAUCCGAAAUACUGUAUUGAAGACAUGCGGCCAUGUGUUCUGCCACAACUGCGUCAAGGACCUCAUUUCGAACCGCAACAGAAAGUGCCCCAGCUGCGCGAGAAGCUUUGGUACCAAUGACCAUCAAACAAUCCACCUCACGGCCUGAGCGCUAUAAUUGCUGAGCUUCGACCGACGGAUCAGGAUACACUCUUCGCUCCAGCCAUUGCCGAGACGAAACGUCCGCUGCCUAUCGUAAGCUCCUGGAGACGUAAUCGAUUAGGAUGUCCCUAUGAGCACGGCCAAGUAGGGCUGUGAAAGUGGCCCACAAAUAAUGUUGCUGCAGGAAGCCAAGGGAGGUUGCAGAAAGACACUGCAUCUGGGAUUGAGGAGGUGGGAAGCAGGGACCCAUUUAUCCCUUGGCCUGUGGAGGACACAAGUUCCAUUCUCCAAUGAGAGUUGCUGCCUCUUGAGAUAGGCAUUGAACGAAAACUAGGCAACGAAUGAAAUAGUCUAAAUCACGCCUUCUGCUCUCCAGUCCUGCAUAGAGCCAUGUUCCGCUGUUGCCGCUGUUGCUUACGUCGAAGCAUAGCGUAAAUGGAACGGGCAACCUGAAGAAUGUAUUGUAAAUGUAAUUUUGAACAUGCUCUUAUCGUGACAGACGAACGGAUAAAACGCUCUGAUUAUGAAAUGCCUAUUCGGCCAGUUUCAUCUUCCUAACCAUAGAUAUCCUGACGUCUUGUUUGCUUGCCGGUUCUAUUGCGCCCUCAAGACGUCCCAUUUAUUCAUAUGUCCAGGUCGUCCUGUGAUGGAUGUAGACCACCGCCUCUUUCUCCUCUCCUUCUUCUUUCUCUUCUUCUUCCUCUCUCUACGCGAAUAUCGUCUUCCCUUUGAACAGGAUCUCAAUUGCCAAGUACCAAUCUUCCACAGGCAGCCCAGCUUCUUUCCUACCGAGUCCUUCCCCGUAAUCAUCAUAUCUUACCGCAGUGCGAUUUCGCCCUGACGAGAUGCUCGUUUAUGGAUCAUAGCUUGACACCCGCAGAAGAGGAGGAAAGCCGCGUAUACAACCACCGCGCCAAAAACAGCCGUAGCCACGGCUUUUCCAUCUUCGGGGUCAUCGUUUGCGCCCAUCAUGCUGUGGUGGUUUGUGGCGAACAUGCCCCCGAUUGUGCUGAGGAUUACGAUGCCAAAGAUGGAGAUGACGAUGCAUGUCCAUGCGUUGAAUGCUGAUACCACGGGCUUCAUGUUUGCUGAUCGGGCGCCUGGCCGGGUGUUUGUCCGUGACUCUGUGUGUGUGAGGGAUGAGAGGAGGGGUGGCGAUGGAUUCGGGGAUUGUACAGAGUGCUUUGUGGUGGUCUUCAAGAUGGCGAC